AUGUCUUCAUUUAUAAUCAAAUGGGUUGCGAAUCGUCUUUUGAAAGACAAUCAAUGGAAUAGGUUGGGAGUUGAAGAUCCGUACUACGAAUACGUCCCCAUUCAAAAGAAAAAUGGAACAAAGUAUAAGAAGAUAACCAGGAGGGUGCCAGAGGGUAUUUCCCAACACGAUACUAGCAUUUUAGAGACAUUCAAGAAAAAGGCUUACAGGUACGAUUAUUGGUUUAAAUUGCUUGGUGUCCAAUUUGGAUGGGCAAGCAUUGUCAGUGUGGUACCAGUGGUAGGAACUGUGAUACAAACCUAUUGGUCAUUACAGUUGUUGGCGCUUGCUCGAAAAAUACAGGGUGGAUUACCGUUGGAUUUACAAUUAUUAUUUUUGUUGAACAUUGUUAUUGAUUUUGGUUUGGGAUUUAUUCCUAUCAUUGGAAGUUUGAUCGAAAUAGGAUACAAGGCAAACUCAAGAAACUUUUUAUUGUUGGAGAAGCAUUUGGAAAGAGUGGGAAAGAAGAAUAGAGGGUUAAUUUCCAAAGAUGAGGUUCGUCCUGGCUUUAUCAAUGACACUGUGCAACCAUUUGUCGAUGAGAAAGUUAAGCCAUUUGUGGAUGAAACAAUUAAGCCUGGUGCUAUCAAAGCUGGAGACCAGAUCUUGGAAUUGCUACAAAGAAAACCACGCAGCUCAAGUACUUCGUCAAGUACUUCUGGUGUCAGCGCCAAGGUUACAAGUGGAUCUACCACACAAACGAGCAAUGCCACUGUCACUACCUCAUCACAGCCCCUGUCCAUAUCCGAUGUUAAAACAAAGGAAACCGAUUCUACCUUAGUGCAUCAUAAUAUCAACUAG